AUGAGGAUUCGAAAAAACGCCAAGCUUUCCCCUCUUCUAUACACUUGUUCUUCCUCAUUGCUCAAAAAUGGCUCAUUUCCAGUUGAAACUUUUCAAACGCAUGUCUGCCAGCUUAACCAGUCUCCAUGGGAUGUGAUCCCCUUUCACUCCAACAACUCAAUCCAGUUCGAAGAUGAAGAUACCUUCAAGACUCGGGAUUUUCAUCGAGCUUUUGAUGAAAGUGUUGCGUCGAAGAUGGAAACUGAAGAUGCUGAUAUUAAUAAACCUCCGAUAGAAAAUUUUAAUACGACUGCGCUUGAGGAUGAUAAUAUUAAGAAGGUGGUUAAUAGCAAUGGUGCUGACAAAGGUUUGAAGAGCGACAGCAUUGCUGCGGGGCCGCCGCGACGCGGAAGAGGCCGACCAAAGAAAGCGGUAGGUUCGAGUUCGAAUAAUAAUAACAAUGAGUUCUAUUAUUAUUCUGGAUUUGGUCCAUUGUGGGGAAAGAGAAGAGGUGAUAGUGAUAAUAAAAAUGGUGAUAAUGGUAUAACAUUAGGUUCUAGUGAGGAUAAGGUUAAGGUUAAUGAUGGUGUUGGUGUUGGUGUUAAUGCUGUUCCUUGUUAUUCGGCAAUGGAAAUUGAGGGAUUGGAUUAUGUUGAUGAUUAUGAUUAUGAUGAUUAUGGUGAUGAUGAUAAUGGGAAGAGAAGAAUGAGGAAACCAGUGAAAGAAAGGUCACUAAAAUCGUUAAUGUGA